AUGAUUUGCCCAGCAUGUAAUAACACCGUAAACUCCUGUGAAGAAAUAAAAUGUGCCUUUUGUUGCGAGUCUUAUCACUACACGUGCGUCAAUAUAGCUUCUGAUCGAUACAAAGAACAUUACUCUAAAACAGAUAGAAGUUGGAAAUGUCCUUUGUGUAAAAAUGUGAACAGUAAUCGACGUAAGGAUGACACAACACCUAUUCAGCCUGCCCAGUCAUCUCCGCCUCUUUUGACCAAAAAUAAGGGGAAUCGCAAGAGACGAAGGAUAGAAGAACGAAAUGCUAAACCUUCACCUACAAAACAGAUUGUGCAGUCACCUUCCUCUGCAAAUGAAAACAAUGACCAAAGUUUGAUCCAGUCGGAUAGUGAAUGCUCAAUCCCAUACGAUAAAUUCGGAUCACUGCUGGACAACAAGAUGGAAAAAUUUAAAACAUCACUUAUGCAAGAUAUAGUUUCGCACGUGAGAAAUGAAAUAAGUAAAGUCAUCGACUCAUUGAAAGAUGACCUUACCAGGUCCAUAGAAUUCUUAGCUGAAGAGCAAAACAGCCUCAAACAGGAUCUAAUAGCUGCCAAAGAUAAAAUAAAGGAACUAGAGAAAGAUAAAUUCGAUCUUACUAACAAUAUUAAAACAAUAGAACGGCGCUUAGACACAUUGGACAAGGCCUCGAGGAGUUGUAACGUGGAAAUUCAAUGUGUACCCCAAAAAAAGGAAGAAAGCUUACCUUCACUCGUCAAAAAAAUCUGUGAUACAGUUGGGUUUCAAAUUCAAGAAAAUAAUAUUUACUCGGUCAGAAGAGUGGCCAAACUUAAUCCGACUUCACCGCGUCCUAGAAGUAUAAUCUUGACUUUACAGAGUGAGCGCGACCGAGAUAUGCUGUUGUCUGCUUAUAAAAGGUUCAAUAAAGGAAAGAACAUAUGUGAUACUCUUAAUUCAAACCAUCUAAUGAUCCCAGGAGAGAAGCAUCGUAUCUACUUGUCUGAGCACUCAUCUCCAACGUGUAAAAUGUUGCAUGCGGAGGCCAGAAAGCUCUCAAAACAAUUUAAAUAUAAAUAUGUCUGGGUUCGUAAUGAUAAAGUUUAUAUGAGGAAGGAUGACAAUGCAAUAGCGAUAUACAUUAAAGACACGAGCAGUUUUGAUAAGCUAAAUAAGACGACAACUUAA